AUGAAUUCUCAAGAGGCUUUUAUAACUUCUACAUUCAUAUUACAAACAUAUUUCUAUCUUUUUACAUUAUUCAUUUUAACAACAGAGAACGAUGAUGUCAGUAUUAUCAAAAAAAGCUAUGUUCAACUACCUGUUCGAAGAAAG